AUGUCGAAACAACUUAUAAAGGGUUCCAUGAUGAAGCGAUUCGCUCAUCCAACAACUUUACCAUCUACGUAUAUUAACUCUCGUGUUCUUAGGGACAAUUAUAAGAGACAGAUGAUGGCACAAAAUGAAGUCACAACCAGAGCAUUAAAAUUUAUAGCCAGAAAUGCAGCUCUUCCUCAAAAGGUGAGACUCGAAGCACAAAUACAACUCACGGCCAUGCCAAAUUACACUAGAAGUACACAAUUGAAAGGAAGAUGUCUUGAUACAGGAAGAGGUAGGGGUAUUCUUCGAGACUUCAGAUUAUGUAGGUACCAAUUUAGAUUACAGGCUCUUCAGGGGCUUUUGCCUGGAGUGAAAAAGGGUGUCUGGUGA